AUGGUAAGAGAAGGAAGCCAGGUGGAGGGGGAGGGGGCAGAGAAAGAGAAUAUGUGUUCUCACACCCUAUUACCGGCAACUGGGACUGCCGAUGCAACUGGGACGACAGAUGGCAAAGUUGUUUUUCGCUAUGACAGAGACCUGAUUUUUAUCUUAACAGUCAACGUGGGAUCCUUCUACAGAGUUGUACUUUUGUCGUCCAUAGUUACAGUCAUUACUAGUCAGUCCUGUCCCGGAGGAUGGUACCACCAUUCAACAUCUUGUUACGCAUUCAUUGAUGCCGAACCACUAGGUUGGACAGAGGCCAUGUUUUAUUGCAGUACCCUUCAUGCAAAAUUAGUUGAAAUAGAGAGUGCCUCUGAAAACAGCUUCCUGAAGAACCAUUUGGUAUCUGUUAAAACUAACGGCACCUACUGGAUAGGUCUGACGGAUGCGUUAGUAGAGGGGAAGUAUUUGUGGCAAACGACCCAAGAUGACGUAGAUUUUGUAGACUGGGCUCCAAAUGAACCAAACGAUUACCAUCAUGUUCAUAUGGUUACAGAAGAUUGUGCCAACCUCUAUUUCCCCUAUCACUACCAAUGGAAUGAUUCACCCUGCUCCUCCAAAUACGAUUUCAUCUGUGAAAAAGAAACUGCUACUAAUCCAAACAUUAUUGGAUGAGUCAGGCUUUAAAAACAAAGAACUAAUCUAGUUUCCC